AUGGAAAAUAAUUCUCAAUAUUAUGAAGGAUGUGGAAAAGAAGGGCCAAUCCGAUGUAUAUUUUUAUGCGAAUUUCAUCCAAUUGCAGGCCCGAAAAUAACAUGUCAGGUGCCUGAAAAUUAUAUAUCGAAAGAUACAUUUGACACUGUUAGUGUUUAUAUAAUACCAAAAGCUCAAUUACAAAGAAGCUUACCUGUUAAAAUAGAUGAUAAAAAAUAUGCUAGAAAUGCAUUUUAUUUUAAUUUAUGUUUUGUUUGUGAUGCAUGGGCUAGAACUGUUCAUUAUGAGCCAUUGCUUAAAAAGUUAUCUGAUUAUUUAAUCGGAAUGGAAUUAGAAAGUAAAUUUUUGUCACUUCAAGAUGAAGAUGAAAAUGAAAAAAAAAAAUUAUCGAAAAUGUUGAGUCAAGUUAUUGAAGAUUUAAAUUCAACAAAAAUGUGCACAUUAACAGAAGGUGUCACAACAACUCAUUUAAAAGUUGUCAGAGUCAAUGCUGAUCCUAUGCCUGUUCACGAUCAUCAAGUUCCCAUAUUUGUUGAAAAUCGUGGUGAAUUUUUCGAAGAACAAUGGGAUCUUACAACACAACAAGUUCUUCCUUUUAUCGAUGGUUUUAAUCACAUUUCAAAAAUUGCUGCCAAAGCUGAUGUUGAAAACAAUUUGGUUAAAUCAUGUGUUCAAAAUUUAGUUUAUUAUGGAGUAGUGAGUCUUAUUCCUAUUUUUCAAUACUCAAACGUUUAUGCAGGAACUCCAAAAUUAAGAAAAUUAGCAAAUGAUUUAGAUUUUCAAAAUGAAUGCAUUGAAUAUGUAUCAAAAUCUGCUAGGUCUGAUGAAAUUUGUUGUGCAACUGGAAUUUCAGCUCAACAACUGGAAGAACUCGUUGAUAAGGAUCCAAAUUUACUUUUGAUAUGGAAAUAA